CCCAAGAGUCUUGGAUGUACUUCUCUGCUCUGGACUCUUCUAAUUAACUACUUUUAUUUGGGCUUGAAAAUGCAUAGAAAGAAUGUAUCUCAUCACGUGAAAUACAUGUUUCUCCUCCCAAGUCUCCUCCCGUCGACCAGGGCACUGGUAUCUCGAACAAGACAAUCUAACAUGUCCUUAUCACCUCCUUACCUGGUACCGAGAUGCGGGGACAUGUCGGUCAAAUUCCAACAAAAGAAUCGUCGGCUGUCCCGUCAGGUCGUCUGCGGAAUGCUGUAUCACGUGUCGUACUCCGUAUAUCGUGGGCAUUCCUUCCGGGUCGCCCCAGACGAGACAGGACAGGGCUUCUCUCCUCGCCGUUUCAGCACAUUAACCCUUUAAGUUUCCCAGCCGUCACGGCUACCUUCAUUCGCUCGAUCGUUUCACCACAUGCAUUGCUGAGAAGGUCAAUUAUUGCAAAGUGCAAGGACUUUCCCAGUGGCUGCGGAGGGACAUAUUGAGCCCCCAGUAAGCCGGACUCGACAUUAGCAUAGCUGCAAUGAAGCAGUAUUUGAAAUCCACGAUGAGGUUGUCGAUGGAUACAAGAAUAGGAAACUUACAAUAG